ACAAUCCUUUGCAGCAGUUUAUAACGCAUGCUUAUUACUACACUCGAAACCACGUUAUUAUUUGCAUGUUUUCUGCUUAAAUUUCAAACCCACGUUUAGCAGAAAGAAUGCCACCGAAGGGAAAAGGUGGAAAGGGUGGUAAAGGAGCUGCUUCAGGAAGUUCGGACGCUGACAAAAAGGAAAAAACGCCUAAAGGAGGCACAGCUGUUAAGGUUCGGCACAUUCUCUGUGAAAAGCACGGAAAAUGCAUGGAGGCCAUGGAGAAAUUGAAAGCUGGAGUUCGUUUCAGUGAAGUAGCAACGCAAUACAGUGAAGACAAAGCAAGACAAGGAGGUGAUCUGGGUUGGAUGACGCGAGGCUCCAUGGUCGGACCUUUCCAGGAGGCGGCGUUUGCUCUACCUGUCAGUUCGAUGGAUAAACCUGUCUACACAGACCCACCUGUCAAGACGAAGUUUGGAUAUCAUAUCAUUAUGGUUGAGGGGAAAAAGUAGAACAGACUAGCUCUUUUGGAAUAAAUGUCACAAUUGUGAAGAAACAUCGAAGAGGGGAAAAAAUGUAUUGUCCAGUUAAUCUAUUAAAAUGUUCACUUCUAUUCUAGGUCUGUUUUCUCAAAAUAAACUUUUUCAUUUGUUGUUUUUUUUUACUUGACUUUAAGGCUUCUGCGAUGUGAAUGCCAACACAAGCAAAUGAAUAAUUUUUGUUUAUGUUGUGUUAAAUCUGUAGCAUUGGUUUGUGGAUGAAAAGUGGUGGUACAGAAAAUGUGAAAAAUUUUAUAUUUUUUUUGUCAUUCAUUUCAGAAGUGAAACCUAAGACUUAUGCAGGUUCAUUACAUACAGUGAAACAUUUCAGAACUUUAUUUCUUGUCGUUUUUAUGGCAUACACAUGAUGACAAACGAUAUAUUAGCGUCUUAUAUCUUAGUUGUAUUUUAACAGACUGAAACUUUCAAAAGCAAUCCCACAUUUGGUUCAAGUUACUAGAUCUUGCACAACUUUGCCCAAGAUGACACAUCAAAUGUUUUUUGGUCACCACAAAGAUAAUCAGACAAGAUUAUGCAAGUUGUUUU